CGGCAGAGUCCCGCCUCCCGCUACCUCAGAUGUUCGACCUGAGAUCGCCUGCAAACGCAACCGUCUUCACUCAACUCAGUGGCCAAGCAGCAGUGAGAACAUCUUUCUUUAUUCUCAGCACAGCAAGAACUUCAUCAAGCUUCCGGACCGACUCGAGCGCUUUCUAAACGUGGGACUACAAAUACGUUUUUCAGUUCUCUCAUACCAGCGGACCGCAGCCUCCUGGAGAUAAUGGAAGUGAAAAAGGAAAUGGAUGAUGAAUACUGUGGGAAACCGGAGGGAAAGGCCAAAGAGCUGCAUGGACAUCAAUUUUCCUUUAAGUUUGAAAACAAAGAUGCAGUUUACGAUGUUGUCUGCAAGCAGGAAGGAACUAUCUACGAAUCACUUCAGAACAGUGAUGUGUUUAAAGAGAAUGCUUCCGUAAACCAACACAAAGAACUUGUUAUUUUACAUAGACCUAAAAAAGCUAUUGGUUCACAUUUUCCAUGCCACAAAUUGACUAAACUUGAUAAACUUGAUAUGAAACCCCUGACUAUUGCGUACAUCAAGAAGGAAGCAAAGAACAAGACACCUACCACAAGCAGCAAGGAUAAAAAAGAAAAUCAUGGAGAGUUUGUAACAUUUGCUGUAAAAACAACUGGAGGUAUUAACAUUCUUUCUAAGGUUAUGAAAAAUGUUGGGCUGAGAAAGAGAGUGGAUGAGGUUAUUUUGUAUGGAUACAAAGGUCAAACAAUCAGAGAAGCUCUGGUGCAAGAUGCACGUUUUAGUGACGAGGUAUUGCAAAACCGCUCUAACAAUUAUUUUCUGGAGGAUACAGAGGAUGGUAGUAACAAGCAACUGUCCCUUCCUAUAGAUUAUCUUGAUGGUAAAUGUUUCAAGAUAACAAAACCAAAACCGCAAGUAUCCCUUGGUGCUGCAAACCAUGAUGCACCACAGGAGGCAACAUCAAGUAAGACUGCAAGCUCGAACAGUCCAACAUCACUGCAAAAGGGGAGACAUCAGCCAACCCCAAGCACCAGCCAUCAGCCAUCCCCAAACAAGAGCAAUCAGCAAUCCACCUAUCAGCCUAUACCGAACUCUAAGGACCUGUUGCAACUCCUUCGUUCUCAGUUUAAAGAUCUUGUCGAAGUAAUGAUAGGACGCCAGAAUCCUACUCCUCAAGCUGUCAAAAAACAUCUCUCUCAAGAGUUUGGGAAAAGGACAGAGCUUUGCCAUGAGGUGAGAGCAAUGAGGAGGUUUCUAGAGCUUGGUGAUUCUGUUUGCCAGGUGAGAAUAGAUGACUCGGCAGCAGGGAGUGGCUUUCUUCUAUAUGGAAAGUACAUCCUAACAAACGCACACGUAGUCCUUGAUGAAGCAAAAAGAGAAAAAAGGGAAAACAUAACUGUUAUUUUCUCCUAUGAGAAACUUUCAGACAUCCAUCAGUCAAUGGGUGUGGAGGUCGUUGCCGGUGUCUCUAAUGUUGACGAUGAAGGCCACAAGCAUGAUUGGGCUUUGCUGGAGGUCUCUGGUGAUCAAAAAAACGGACCAAUAAAGGCAAAGCCUCUACUUGAGCGCUUGGGACCGGUUACUGAUAGUGGUCAGAUUUGCAUCAUCGGGCACCCGGAAGGGAAGGUCAAAAAGAUAGACCCAUGCUUCACAAUCUCUCAUUCUGAACGUGGGCAAAAUACUCUGUUUUUAACUAGCAAAUACACAAAUUCUCCAGAGCCAAUGGAUAAGAAGAUACAUACCUAUGAGAGCUGCUUUUAUUUUGGCUCAUCUGGCUCACCUGUCUUUGAUAUCAAUUUCAAAGUUGUAUCGAUGCACAGUGGGGGGUUCCCCGACGAGAAACAGGGUCAUCUCCUUGAGUAUUCACAUCCCCUGUCACUCAUUAUUGAAGAACUCCUUAUUCAGAUAUUGAGAGAUAAAAAAGUGGAUUUGCUGUUGGCAAUGGACACCUGUGACAUUCCCCCAAUGGUGAAGGAUAUGUUCAAGAAAAUAUUGAGUAAUAACAAAGGAUUGGUCUGGACAGAAGAGGAAAUUAUUAACCUCUGUGAAGGAGACCAAGCUUGUACCAAUACCGAACUUCUAAAGGAUUUUUUUAGACUUUACUCACAGAGAGAUGAACCCACGGAACCAGAAGCUAUGGUCUUUUAGCUUUACUUUAGUAAACCUCUACUUUGUAUUAUGCAUUUCCCUCAUACAAAAAUAGUCAAAUACAAUUGUAGCCGUUUACUCUUUGCCACUCCAUCUAGGUGGCUGUCCCUCCGCCUAGAUUACGUUACUGGGCUCAAUCCACACAAGAACAAAGGCAGACGUUUAAACCAGUUUAGUGUAGUUUGAGCAAUAUUAUGUGCAGAGCAGGUGCUCCAUGCUGCCAUGUCAGAGAUGUACUCUGAGGCUGUGGGGUGAUGGCUGACUCUUCCACUUAAUCUCUCAAUCAGUCAUCACUCUUCCACUUAACCCCAACCCAUACAUUGUAUAUGUUUUGAAAGGUUUUAAAUGUUUUGUGACUUGGUACCUUUUGUAAGAGUGGAUUUUUAUUUUUUUAUAUCAAUUCACAAUAAGGACUUAUUUCAUAACUUCAAUAGUUCAAUCUUUUUUUUUUUUUUUACUAUUAUAUGCAUUGUACUGCUCUUUCUGCAUUCCUAUUCAAAGUUUUCACUUUUAUGCAAUUUUUGUUAUGCAUGUUAUUUUAGAGUGCAAAGUUGAAACCAUAGUUUUAAACACUAAUAGUGUUGUAAUAAAUAUGGGAUUUUUACUGUUUUUAUUUCAUUUAAAUAAAUGUAUUUAAUUUAUACCUUUCCUUAUUUUACAUCAAACAAAAUGUUAAAUAAUUUGAUAUAAUAUCAUAGUGCAUACAUGUUGCAAAACUCUUACUGUUCUGUACCAGUUUUGUUAAUUAGAAAAUGUAUCAUUUUGUAGAAAAUGGAAAUUAAAAGUCCUACGAAAAUUC